GGAGGGGAGCGGCGCGGUGUCUGGAGUCGCGUCCGUCCAGGUCUCCCCGCGAGCCUUGUAGCCUGCCGGUCCUCCUGCAGCCCGCCUGCUGGGCAGGGCCGGCUCGGCCGGGCCAUGGAGUCCUACGACAUCAUCGCUAACCAGCCCGUGGUCAUCGACAAUGGUUCAGGGGUGAUCAAGGCUGGCUUUGCAGGAGACCAGAUUCCUAAGUACUGUUUCCCAAACUAUGUCGGACGGCCAAAGCACAUGCGGGUUAUGGCUGGAGCCCUGGAGGGGGACCUGUUCAUUGGACCGAAAGCAGAGGAGCACCGGGGGCUGCUGACCAUCCGAUACCCCAUGGAGCACGGUAUGGUACAGGACUGGAACGACAUGGAGCGCAUCUGGCAGUACGUCUACUCUAAGGACCAGCUGCAGACCUUCUCCGAGGAGCAUCCCGUUCUUCUAACGGAGGCCCCACUGAACCCCAGUAAGAACCGGGAGAAGGCGGCAGAGGUGUUCUUUGAAACCUUCAACGUUCCUGCACUGUUUAUCUCCAUGCAGGCCGUGCUCAGCCUGUACGCAACAGGACGCACUACAGGAGUGGUUUUAGACUCGGGGGACGGGGUCACUCAUGCUGUCCCCAUCUAUGAGGGCUUUGCCAUGCCACACUCCAUCAUGCGGGUAGACAUUGCGGGCCGGGACGUCUCCCGAUACCUGAGGCUGCUGCUGCGCAAGGAAGGCGCUGACUUCCACACCUCAGCUGAGUUUGAGGUUGUGCGGACCAUCAAAGAGCGAGCUUGCUACCUGUCCAUCAACCCACAAAAGGACGAGGCUCUAGAGACUGAGAAGGUGCAGUACACCCUUCCAGACGGCAGCACGCUCGAUGUGGGGCCUGCACGCUUCCGAGCCCCUGAGCUGCUGUUCCAGCCAGACUUGGUUGGGGAUGAGAGUGAGGGACUCCAUGAAGUUUUGGCCUUCGCCAUCCACAAGUCGGACAUGGACCUCCGCCGGACGCUCUUCUCCAAUAUCGUGCUGUCAGGGGGCUCAACACUCUUUAAAGGCUUCGGAGACCGGUUACUAAGUGAAGUAAAGAAACUUGCCCCAAAGGAUGUGAAAAUCAAGAUCUCUGCUCCUCAGGAAAGGCUGUACUCCACAUGGAUCGGUGGCUCCAUCCUCGCCUCACUGGACACCUUCAAGAAGAUGUGGGUAUCCAAAAAGGAAUAUGAAGAAGAUGGCUCCCGUGCGAUUCAUCGCAAAACCUUCUAAUGCCCAAGGAGGGUGGACAUACUGGGAGAGGGAGGAAAGGGGAGCCAGAGCCCUGACCCCUUUUGGUCUGGGUUCGUGUUCUUAAAGAUUAGGGUCCCCUGCAUGCCCUGUCCCCGGAGCAGGUGGUGCAGUCAUGGUCACCUGUAGCCCUCCCCUCCCCCUGUGCUCAGCAUACACACAGACACAGAGAUUAACGUUUAGCUGCGUGGACGGCGGUCCCAAGCGGGAGCGUAGGGACUGAGGAACCCAAUGUUGAGUUGGUGCAAGUGACCCUCUCAGCAGGGCUACUUUGGCCUGUGGUUCCUUGCUCUGGCCUUGAAGCUCAAAGACCAGACCCACGUGUUCCUCUUGCUGUAACAGUGGGGUGGGGCUAGACUCCCUGAAUCUCUGGAGUAGGCUGAAGGGAGGGACAGCCAGGAGUUCCUUCAGGGUGUUGAGGCUCACUGGUGUGUUUCCUGCCACUGCCUCUUUCUGGCCUGAAAAGGCAAGUGUCCUGUAUAGGACUGACUAGGGGCAGUCCUACAUUCCCAUUGAGGGUCAGAGCAUCAGAGCCAUGGGCAGCCACAGCCCGUGGUUUGCCCCACUCCCUUUCAAAGCACUACACUGAUUUGCUACUCCCUCUUUCCCUCGGUGCCCUGGACAGGAAGGGGUUAAUGGUCUUUAUUUGCUGAGGUAAAGCCAUUUAACCAGGACUCAGACCCCAAGGGUAGGCAUGUUCUCACCUCCCUCAAGAAAGGUCUUCACCCCCCUCUCCAGAUCUGAACAGUAAUUUAACACAGUUGCCUGAAAAAUACUUGUUUUUAUAAAUCAUAGUAAUAAUUAUGGACAAGGCCCGGUGUGUGGCUCUGAUUCUUGUAGCUCUGUGCUCUCAUUUGCUCAGCAGUCCCUGGGCGUGUUGAGAGAAAGGACACUGGCAGAAAGCUCUGGAGCUUGAGGCAACAGAACAAGGGAGAGCAGCCUCACCCUCCUGCGAGGCUUGCUAGGGCUGCUGUGUGUGCUUCAUGUGAUGUGUGUUGGGAGCAGAGGUGUGCAGGUCCCAGCUUAGGGCAGGACCAGAAGGAAGGGCAGCCUAAGAAUGGACCAGGUUCCACAGGAAGGAGGACAGUCUGCAGGAGGCCUGCAGGCGGCAAGAGCUCAGCAAGUAGAGAAGUUUGCUUGUUUGGUGCUUACUGCACAACACAUGUUUGAGGCUGGUGGAGAACAAGGUACAACUCUGCCCCCCAAAAGCGUUCAUCUUAGAGGAGAAAAAUGCCAGCCAUUUUGGAACGGUGUUGGGCUGACAGGCUGUGCCAAUAGGUGGGGCCCGCUGGCUUAUAAGAGCUUGGUCAGUCAGUGGGUAGGGAGAGUACUUUGACAGUGAGGCUGGGGAGGGAACAUUGGCAAGGAAGGGUAAAUUGGUCUGUGGCACAGUGACAUAAACCAAAGAGGUCAGUUGGGCUAGCAUGUCGAGGAUCUGAGGAAGGAAGGACAUUAGCUGUGUGCUAGGUGACAAGUUUCCACUAUGGAAGACUAGUGAACAGAGCCAAGUGUUGAAAGCUGUAGGCCAAAGUGCUGAUCAGGAAUGUGUGCAGCAGAUUCUGUGCAGCCCUUUGGUUGCAGCAUAGCAUCAAAAGUUUACACAGAAGCCUGUGCUAAGGGACCCUGCAAACCAGCUCCAGUGCAGGCCUCCGUUGGCACACUGGCUCCCAGCCACCUGUGUUUGGAACUUCCCUGCUAAGCUCCUCCCUCCUCAUGCCCACAUUUUGUCCGUCUGAGUCUGGUCUCCUACAGUGCCUCUGCUACCCAUGCUUUCCUGUUAAGCCCCAGCUCACAACCCUGCUCCAUCCUGCCCACCAGUGUGUUUGCUCAUAAUCUACUGUGCGGGUAACCACCUCAAACCUGUAAUGAGUUAUAAGCCAUACAAUAAAAUAUUCAUGAGUCCUUA